AUGGACUCGGCUGAGCUGGUUCCGUUGCGUGGAGAGACCACGUUUCACGGGCUGCUGCCUGUGGAGCUCAAGUUCAAUCUGGACCAGUAUGUCAACAAGCGGUACCCGGGCCUCGUGAAGAUCGUCCGCAAUAGCCGGCGGGAAGGACUGAUCCGCGCCCGGCUGCAGGGCUGGAAGGCGGCCACUGCCCCAGUCGUCGGCUUCUUUGAUGCCCACGUCGAGUUCAACACGGGCUGGGCAGAGCCCGCACUGUCUCGGAUCCGAGAGGACCGGCGUCGCAUCGUGCUGCCAGCCAUAGACAACAUCAAGUACAGCACGUUUGAGGUGCAGCAGUACCGCCUGUGGCUCGUCCUCGGAGGCCUCUUUGCUCUCUGCAGAGUUGAAGCACCUGAGCCGGUCAAUGGGACGGUCCUGGGCAGGAGUGUGGCCUCGCUGCCUGGGCCUGUGGAGGUGGCUGCCCUGCUGGCCUCCACCCUGUUCUAUUCCUCUUGCCGCUCCCCUGCUCCUUUCUCCCGGGACAAACGCUGGGGACCAUCCUCAUCCCGGAGGAUUCCUGGGAUCCCAGUUAAGACCUGGCGCCUCCAACACGUGAGCAAGGCGGGAGAACGUGGGAAGGACUGGCAGCCUGGCAGGACCCCGGCCAUGAUCGGCUGCUCCUUCGUGGUGGACCGCGAGUACUUCGGAGACAUCGGGCUGCUAGACCCUGGCAUGGAGGUGUACGGUGGCGAGAACGUAGAACUGGGCAUGAGGACAGUGAUGGCCAGUGACCGCCAGACAGCGACGGCCAGACAGUGGCGGCCAGAGAGUGACCACCAGACAGUGAUGGCCAGUGACCACCAGACAGUGACCACCAGCGACCGCAAGACAGCGACGGCCAGACAGUGA